AUGGCCAUAACAUGGCGCCUCGACGACAUCUACACGGGUCUCUGGGUGCUUCACGGGUCAAUUUGGGGGGUGCUAGCACGUAAGGGGCUAAUAGCUCUUACGUCGUUCAGUCUGGCCUAUCUUGGCGGCGUGGUGUGGGCGAAUUUUGCCGCGUGUGUGGUGAUGGGAUGCCUCCAAGCCAGUACCAAAAUAUGGACUCAAGUGGGUCAUCCUAACCCGAUAUUUAUCGGGCUUACUACUGGGUUCUGUGGGACGCUAUCGCUGUUCUCGUCAGUGAUUGUGGAGCUGGUGACCCUCGCCAUUAACAUUGACCAUGUCUCGGUGCCUGCCCCUGGCUAUGGGACAAUGCAAGUGUUUGACGUGAUUAUCGGUCAAUUUGCCAUCAGCUACGUUGGUUUGCUAUUAGGUGGACACCUUGGUGAGUGGCUUGAGCAAACGGUACCGAAAUUUGACCGGGGAUAUCGGUUUAUGGUGGUGAUUGGGGCCGCUAUCGGCGUUGGUUUAAUAAUUGCCGAUGCCAUCAUCAUCGGCACCGUUGCUCUGUCACGGGAGUGGACGUUUAGUGUCCUUUUCGCUCCAUUAGGGGCCUUAAUUCGGUGGCAACUCCUGAAACUUAACAAUGCGCAAUGGUUUUACGGGACGUAUAUUGCUAAUGUUGUGGGUACGGUGCUGCUCCUGGUGUUUUCCUUAUUACAAUUUGGGUUAACCACUCACCGUACCCCGCUUGUAACGAACUAUACUGCUCGUCAGGUACUUGUGGGUCUUGACGAUGGGUUUUGCGGGGGGCUCACCACGGUAAGUACAUUUGUUGUUGAGCUUAAGAAAUCCAGUCGGGGUAAAGCCUAUGUGUAUAUCAUUGCUUCAGUAUUACCCAGUUUCAUUAUGGUACUUCUUGUCCUUGGUUCUUACCACUGGACGAAGGGGCUCGCCAGAUGA